AUGCAACCUACAUUCUUUAAACCAGUUUAUAUUCCUUAUCACACUAAAUUUAAAUUAAUUGAACAAUCACAUAAUAAUUGUAUUUAUCAAAAUAUUUAUUCUUCUGAUUUUAUUCAUCCACUAAAAAUCCCAUGUAUAGAAGGAAUACAAUCUUCAUUAACAAUUGAUAAUUUUUAUUUAACACCACAAAAUUUAAGAAAAGCAAAUCUUAUUAAAAUUGAUAAUACACAACGAAACAAAAGAAUAUAUCAAUGGCUUAAUACACCAAAAACUGAAAUUUAUCCUAUUCCAUGUUAUUAUUAA